AUGGGUGCAUCUAUACAGAGCCUGUGUUUCUCUCUCUUUAUUAUCCUCGCCAUCUCUGGCCAGGCAUAUGGCUUCGGUGCGGGGAACAUCGCAUCACUUGCCUCGAUCGAAGGUCAGAAUUGGCGCCACGGUGAUAUCGAAGAUGCGCUCUUGAAUCUGUUCCUGGCCCGUGGAGCGGGUGGACAGAAAUUCAGCAAAUUGGAUGUGAAGCGCGUUUACUUUGGCAACUGGCUGCGGGAUUACAGUCAAGCUGUUGAUGUCGGUACCGUCAAAUAUGUCAGUGCGGAAGCUAUUCGUAUUUUGAUUUGGGUGCUUGGAUUUAUGAGCUUUGGUUACGGUACUGGCGAGUUUGAGGUCACUACGGAACGACUCGGAUGCUAUCAGCCUACGGAACAUAUUGAUAAUCCCCAGGGAUAUGCGGAGGGGGAUGAUGCUCGCAACUACGACACACGUCUGCGAGGGCCGGUGGACGAGGAGCGGGAACUCUCUAUCGAUCCACGCACAGGCCUGAAAUACUACAUUGCAUCCGAAGAUAUGGGUAUCGACACCUCGGCGAAUCUGAUCCGCAAUGUCCUCGGUCGUUCGAUUAAGUACGGUCGUCGUUAUGCUCGUUCCGGCAACAAAGACGAUCUAUACGAGGCCCUUCGAUUGCUGGGAACAGGCCUGCACUGCUUGGAGGACUAUGCCGCCCACUCAAACUAUACUGAGCUGAGUCUGAUUGAACUUGGGGAGACCGAUGUCUUCCCGCAUGUUGGACGCGACACCAUGCUGGAAGUUCAGGGUGCACGCGACAUGGUCUAUCCCAUCGUGACCGGAACCUUUGGUGGAGUCGAUUUCUUUCACUCGGUUCUGGGUGAAUUCACCGAUAAAGCCACGCAAUCGGAGAUGCAGUCGCUGGAGGGUGUUAUCGCUGAAUCUGAGAAUGAUAGUUCAUCAGAGAGUGUCCUGCAGGGACUGUUGAGCAAGAUUCCUAGCGGACUAUUCGGCGACAGUGGUGCCGACGCAAGCCAAAUGGAUGACUUCAAGGCAAAGUCCGAUGAAGCCAAGCACAAUACCCCUAGUGUCUCUCCACGAGAGCCUGAGGAAUGGACUCGUUAUCUGGAAGAUGUUCAGAAACAGAUCUACCCCGUCCUGGAGUGGCAUGACAAAAUGCUGAAAGCAAUCAACGAGGCGAUUGAGAAAAUCCCCGUAUUGCCGGAGUUGAUUGAACAAAUUCAGAGCGAGAUUACCAUCUUCGUCUUUUCCGUUAUCGCUCCCUAUGUUCUUCCCAUCAUUCGGCAGGUCAAAUCCGAGCUUGAAACUGGUUCCUCGGAGGUUAUCCAAAGUAGCCAGCAACAACAGCAUAUCGUGUUUAAUGAUGACUCGUCAUCAAACCCUACCCACUCAAUGCUGUCUAAAGACCAUUUCUCGAACGUGCUCAACGAGCCAGCUGGACGCAUUGCGUCUAGCGUUGUCAAGUGGACAGUCCCUCAGCUGAUGCAGUGCUGGGAUGACGAAGAUGCCGAUAUCGAUCGAACACUGACUAGAAUCAUUACUGGUGUUUUCCACCACCCCGCUCUCCGCGAGUAUGGUGACGACGGUGCGAACGAAAUGCGUGCUAUCAUGUUCAAUACGGUUGAGGAGUGGUGGAAUGAGAAGGGUAGUGAGGGACAAGACUAUCUCCGCGAACAGCUGAGUCGCGAUGGUGUUCUCGAGGGCAAGAAUCAUAAGGAAGGUGUUCAGGACUGUGGGCAUGGCUGCGGAAAGCCUCUCGCUCUACCCAAAGUCAACAACAACUUUGGUGGAGACUCUCAGUCCAGUGGAAUCGAGGGUAUUGCCUCGCAAGCAUUGGGAGGAGGAGCACUCGGUGGACUGGUUGGUGGUCUUGUUGGUGGUAUGGGAUCUAUGGUCUUGAACGAUGCCAUCGGUCAACAAAGCUCCGGGGGACGAAAUGAUGAUAGUGAUGAUGAUUCCCGUCGUCGCCGGCACCACAGUCGUCGUGAGGACGAGUCGACCGGUGGCGAGCUUCCAUCACAUUCUCACGAGGAAUACCACUCUGGUAAUGGAUAUGUACAGCGCACCGACCAAUAUGCCGGCGAUGGGUAUGUUCAGCGUACUGACCAAUAUGUCGGUGAUGGGUAUGUUCAGCGUACCGAUCAAUAUGCUGGCGAUGGAUAUGUGCAGCGUACCGAUCAGUAUGCCAGUGGCUAUGCUCGCCCUGAGUAUCCACCGAAUCCCCCCAUGCACCCUCCUCCUAUGCAGGGCUAUCGCCGCGAGGAGUACCAGCAACAAGAGGAUGGAGGCUUUUAUCAUCGACAGGAGCGACGAGAGGAGUAUCAUGAAAGUAGUCAAACGGAAUAUGUGCAGACCGAGUCGCGAUACGACUACGGACCUCCGCGUUCUGCUUUCCCGCCCAUGGAGCAGCCUGGAUAUGGUGGAGGAUUUGAACAGGGCCAUCAACCCGGUUAUGGACGACCGCCACCACCACGUGGUUUCGAUGAGUUUGAGAGGCCUAGCUACCCACCUCAAGAAGGCUACGGCGAGAGAUUCGAGGAGAGAGUAGAGUAUGUGGAACGGCGUCCUCGAGAGGAGUCACCCAGGGAUCGCUCAGGAUCCCGAAGUGGUAGCGAUGAUGAACAUUCUCACCGACAUCGCCGACACCAUCACCAUCACCACCAUGAGCAUUCUGGUUCAGGUUCAGAUUAA